AUGAUAAAAGAAAAGUGGGUUUGCUCAAAUUGUUCCCCUGCUGCAUAUUGGUUAAACUUUGAUUGAUUCUGAACGUGGUGAUUAACCUUGUUCCCAAUUAGUUCUUUUAUUAUGCUUCCUUAACCCUUACCAGUUUAAAUUAGAUAAAUGAAAAUUUUCAAGACAAUCAGGGAGCAGAUUCCAUUUGAUUAUGUUGAAUAAAAAUGAGCAAUAAAAGAGACAAGCAUGAUGAUGAAUCUAGUGAGAGAGGUUUGUUUUCACAUAUAAUAGGCUAUCCAUCAGCACCACCUUAUCCUCCUCCACCUGGAUCAUACCCAGCAUCAGGUUAUCCACCUCCAGGAGGCUAUCCUCCAACAGCAUAUCCACCACCUGCAUAUCAACCUCAAGGAGCAUAUCCACCUUCUGGUUAUUACCCUUCAGGAUAUCCACCUCCAGGAGGGUAUCCACCUUCUGGUUAUCCUCAUUCAGGAUAUCAUCAACCACCUUAUCCUCCCCCACAUGGCGGCUAUCCAGGUGCUCCACAUCCAUAUUCUUCAGGGCAUGGGGCUGGUGUUGGAGGAUUGUUAGCAGGGGGUGCUGCUGCUGCAGCUGUUGCAUAUGGAGCUCACCAUCUGGCACAUGGAGGUCAUCAUCAUGGUCAUCAUCAUGGUCAUCAUUAUGGACAUGGGGGUUACUUUGGUCAUGGAAAGUUUAAGCAUGGGAAAUUUGGCAAGCGUUGGAAGCAUGGCAGGUUUGGAUUCGGCAAGUUUAAGCAUGGUUGGAAAAGAUGGAAGUGAUACAAUGGCCAAUAUAUAAAAUAUGUAAUUAUGCAUGGUCAUGAAGGUUGAAUUCUGGGAUGAAUAAUGUUUGCUAUUAGCAAUAUACUGAGUUUCAGUUAGAGGUUUGCUAGGACUACUUUUUGUACAUUGGUCAUUAUUAUCUUUUGUGCAAAUGUGUGUGGCUCCUGUACACAUAAGAAAGCCAUUAUCCUUAAUUAUUUAGCUUGCUUUCUUACUAUUUUCUUCUUCAUGAAUAGCUUAAGUUGAGAUAACAGUUUAGUAAAUUUGACAGAAAACGUUUGUCACUUUUCAGUAGUAGAAGUUUCUGCUUCCAGUGUGGAAAUAGGCCGUACAUGUAGAAACUUGUAUCCUAUUA